AGGGACUGGGAGGCAUCUGCAGGAUGCUCCUGGUGAUGCCACAAGACACUCAAUUUUCUGCUGAGCUUCUCAGUCAUAGAAGUCAGAGACAGGAAAGACCCAUUAGCUCAUUUCAUCCUUCCUCCGCGGCUAGGGGAAGAUGGCUCCUUGCAGUUUGUGCUCCAGCUCUUCCCUGCUGCUAGAACUUUGCACCACAGAACAAAUGACUAUAUAACCGUUGAUCACAGAACAUCCUGAUCAUCCUAUUUCUUUGCUAUUACCUGUGGGCUUCCCGAGAGAGAAACGUGGAGGAGGGACACCUGAAGAAAACAAGGAAUUGCAGCACUGAGACGAGGAGACAGGGGGAGGAUGGGGUUUCCCUCUGUGCCUGGGCAUACAAUGGCGAUUCUACCCAUGUGAGAGCUCUCUAAUGUGAGUACCCAGCAGCAGGCUUCUGCUGUCUGUGGUCUGGACUUUGACUAUCAUCAAAGUGAUCUGCCAGCUCCCCCCUCGUCUCCCCGUAAAGGCCAGUGUGUUAGACCAUCCAUGUACAUUUGCUAUGACAUACAUCAGUGUUGAUGAGAGACAGGAACACUGCCGGGUGAUUUUGAGCUGCCAGAAUAAUCAGCUGUAUGCACAACAUGGCCUAAAGGAUUUUUCAAUUAGCAGCAUGCAUCCACUAAAGAACUUAGACACUCAGAUUCUUGCUGGGGACUUCAACCAUGUAGACUCAUGUUGCAUAGACAAGACAACCUUCGCCAGUGCUGCAGAAACCCGGCUGUAUCGGAGCGUGGAGAAUCUACACUGGGCGACAGCUGCAGACUCCAGUCUGUAUUCUCACUGCCGGAGCAUGGACAAUGAGCUCCUUUUCCACUAUAAAGGUGCCAGUUACUGGUCCGAAGGCUCUGCAGAGAGCGCCCCAGCACAGAGCACUGCAGACGCUUGCAAGCAUCUGCCCCUCCACCCCAAGCAAACGUCACCAUCUGCGCGAAACGUUCCCCUUCCUCCUUUUGCCAAAGUGCCUCAGUGGCUUUUCCCUUCCACGGAGGAGAGAGCCCUACACGGGGAUGCCAAAAAAGAACUGAAGGAGAAGCUUAGGAUUCACAGCGCCAAGGCGGCGGUGGACCCCUGCAAGCCCGUGCGUCCCCAAGCGCCUUUGACCGACCGGGUGGCGAGGGAGUUCUCAGAAUGCCGGAUGUGCCAGCAGUACAAAAACGGGUGCGCUGUACACUGCUGUGCGGUGUUUGUGGAACACACUCCCCUCAGUCAUGGCCCCGUAGCAGCGCUGGGGAGACAAAGGCCAUGUUUUGCAUGCAGGAUAACCAGUCCGGAAGACAUCAAGGAGGAAGCUCGGAGGAGGUUGCAGCUGAGAAGACAGAACAGCUCUCCGAGCCUGACUCUCCAUCAUGCCAGGGAAAACCAAGAGAUAGUCAAAUCCAGAACCACUGGAUCCCUGAAGGGUUGUGAUGGGGACACUGAUGCCAAAGGGCCGGCAGAGCUGAGCAGAAAAGAACACUAUAAAGGGAGGCUCUACAUCCCUACCUUUGAGGAGUUCAAGAGAAUGAGAAGCAAGGAGAUGCGUUUAUCUGCGGGUACCAAUGGGCCAACAAAGUGCCUGAGUGAGGGGUCUCUGACAAGUCAGACUCUAGAAAGGGAAAGCAGUAAGAACAUCUGCUCAGCUGUGCCACGAGAAGCCCUGGAGGCCAAACUCCCCAGCGAUUCCACAGCAACAGCGGACGACUACGAUGAUGUGUUUCAUGAAAGCCACAUCGCUGCCGGCUCUGGCCAUUAUCAAGACAUUCCAGCUGCGUGGGGCAGCUUCAGUUUGGUCAGCACAGCUGGGGCUACCCAGUGCCUGCUGAAAGACAGUACCUACCAGCUGUCAAGUGCAGAUAGGUCCCCGGUCCCUAUUUGCUCUAGCCCGAUUCCAAGGUCGCCUUUGCAGGCAAUAGCAAUCCACAGGGAGGGGGAGGAGGUCUGCAGUGAUGAGCAGCAGGGAUUAGACUCAAGACAACUGAGUGGAGUCCUUCACUUAGCUGGGCAGGCACUGGCUUCUGAAGCCCAUUCUUCUUGCUGUCCAUCGCUGCUGUUAGAAGCCACAGACCUAUCCAGCUAUGGAGCUAAGCUACAAAAAAUGAAGGAUGAAUUCAUAGGCUCAGCACUGGAUCUUAUUAAGAAAAGCUGCAGUGCCGAGACUGCCUCGGAGUCCCCAUCCAUGGGAUCAUGUGACCCUCAGAAAGCUGAUCUCUCUUCUCCAGAGGAGGACAGUGAUCAAUGUACAGUCAUUUCCAUGGCAACACGGACCUGGAAGAACAAGCCAAAUAAUGAGACACCUAGUGACACUCAACCUGCAGGAAACAAUUCCAGCCCGAGCUGCCGCAGAUCCAGCUCUGACAUUGCCCAGGAGACUGCGGACUGUGUCAAGGCCCAGCGGGAGUGCCGUCUGCGGCCUCAUUUCAGUGACCCGAUGCCAACAGACGCUGUGAAGAGAAAACAGCUGGAGCUGAAGAUUGCGGCAGCAGCCCGGCAACACGCGCAGAAGCGACGGCAGGAGAGAGACCCCGGUCCGGUGGUGGCUAAAGCCAACAUCCUCCAUGGCUGCAGCUUUGACGAGAACACCCAUUCCCUGCGCAGCUCCCUGCGAUCCAAGCACCGCUGGAGCAACGUCAGCAGCCUGAGCGCGGACAGCGGCAUUGUCGGCGUAACUGAUGAGAGGGAUGAUGCCGAGGUUGGCGGUGCGACCAGAACCAGAUCGGCAGAGGUGGAGAGGGCGGACAGCGGCAUCGGCCAGGCAUUGGCCAGGAAGUGGAAAAACAGGGCCUCUGAAACGCUGACUUCCUUGCAGGCCUGGGAGGCGCACCGGCCCUGCACAGACUGCGGUGAGAGAGAUUUCCCAGUGGAGACAGAUGCACAGAACCAGAACAAGAGAAGAGCCAACCUGUGUGCGAAGUGCCAGAAGCGCAGGACAGAGCGAAAGGAGUCGAUCCUGGAGUUCGUCAACACAGAAGCCAGCUACGGUGAGGACCUGCGGAUCAUCAAGGAGGAGUUCUACCUCCCGAUGCAGUCGGCUGGGCUGCUGACGCAGGAACAGCUGCUGGUGGUGUUCAGCAAUAUCCAGGAGCUGAUUGACCUCAAUGAAAAUUUUCUAGAGUAUCUCCAAGAAGAAAUUGACCAGGCUUUUGAUCAGGACGACGAGGACCUGAUGACUGUGUGCAUUGGCGAGAUCUUUUUGGAGUUUGUCAAUAUGCUGCCGGCCUUUCAGACCUACUGUCUUCAGCAGUCCUCUUCAGUUAACAUGCUCAAUGCCCUGGAGAAGGAGAAAGAGCUACUCAGAAUAUUCCUCAACGUUUCCCAGAACGACAACACGGUGCUCCGGCGCAUGAAUCUAAGAUCCUUCCUGAUGGCCCCCUUGCAGAGAGUCACCAAGUACCCGCUUCUACUCAGCAGGAUCAUCAAAGCCACCAUUGAGUACCACCCAGAUCAUGGCAGCCUGCGGGAAGCCAAGAGCCGCAUCGAGUCCCACCUGGAGCACAUCAACAUGAAAACCAAGCAGGAGGGGAAUUCGUGGACGCUGCGCUCCUUCCGCCAAGACAGCAAGAAGAACAGGGAAGUCAUCAACAUUGAGAUGAGGGAAACCGCCAUCAAAACCGUGGGAUGGCUGCGGGAGGAGACACGCUUUGUGAUGGAAGGGCUCCUGCAGCUCGCCCAGCCGCCUGAUGGCCAGUGGGUAAAGAAGGGCAGCAAGACCUUGAAAUUUCAGAACAUGCAGGUGCUGCUCAUGGUCAACAUAAAGCGAGUGUCUGAGUCUAGCCUCGAGGCUGCUGAGCCAGGACCUGUGAAAGAUGCAGUCCUGGUGUUGAUCAGGGACAAAAACAAUGGGAAGUUCAGUUUGCUCAGGGAGCCCCUGCGGCUGAGUAACUGCAUUGUCUCCGCAGACCCCGACUGCAGUGAUACUUUUGAACUCAUGGAGAUCAGGCGGGAGGCGUUCGUGUUCCGGGAUGGCGACAGGGCACGGACUCACCACUGGUUCCGGCAGAUCAGGAGGUACUCGAGGGAGCUGGGCUCUUGGAAGAAGCGGCGGAAUGCUCUGCCCAACAUCAUGAUAAGCACAUCCCAUAACAGGUCUUGAAAUCUAGGGAGAGGAUCAUGUUGGAAAAGACUAGGCUAAGCCAGUGAGACCUGCACAGAAAUAUCACUAGACUCAAUGAGUUGAAUUCACCACUGGUGUAACUCCACCAACAACUGUGCAGUUACACCGGGAAUGAGUCUGGCCCAACGAGGGUGAUAAUUUACUGGCAGCGUUGCAACCAGCUGUUGCAGCCUCACUUUGGAUUUCAGCAGGAAGGACUUACAUCCUAUUUGUGACUCACUUACCUAUGAUGAUUAGGCUUCUUAUGAGGAGCAGGUCUCUGGAAAGAAAAUAAUGAGCUUCAGUUGUUAAUAUUGCACUGAGGGCUAAUGGUGUCAGGCUCGAUAUUACACGGCUGUGAUGAAGAGCUGAUCUGGAUUGUGAGUGAGGUUGUCAUUGUUGCACAUAUUUCAUCAGCGUUAAAUAAAGCCAAGGUCAAAGCUAGGUGCAGUAUUACCAAAUGAAGGAGGAAGUUUGGACAGGGUAAGUCUCUAGUUUGACUGGUUUCCGUCCUCUCUCCCAAGAAAUAUAUUUCAUUGUCUGAUUCCUGAUAGGUUCAAUGAAACAUGUUGUUGGGGGGCAGGAGGGAAUCAAUCUUUCAUCUUUAAACCAAACAAAGUAGAUGCAGAUUUGUUCAGAUUUAAUCAGCGUUGUAUGCAUGUAACAAACCCAAAAAGCAGAAGAAAUGUACACAGCAUUCUCUCUCUUUCUCUCCCCCCAAAAUGCCUGUAGAACACUGUGGAAGAGCAAUAUCCCCUACAUUUAAAAUCAUGAGGUUUUUAACUGGCUUAAAGACAUGUCAGAAGACUGGAAAAUAAUGAUACAUCUGAAAUAUUUCAGAACUGUGGGUCUGUAAAUAAGGGUCUGUUACCACGUCUAGUGAACCUUAAAGUUUGUGAUUAUUUCAAGAUAUAAUCUAGUGUAUUUCAAAAGUUUAAAAGAGAAACAGUUUACAUUGUACUGUAGUUUAACAACAUAAAAUGUUUUAAUAAUUAUGUUUCAAUGACUCUAGAUGGGUGUUUUGUUUAUUUUGGGGUCCACCUGUUUUCUAGGGUUAGAAUUUGAUUGAUUGCAGAUAGCAUAAAGGUGAACAGGGAAGCACACAGCGCUGUUGUUUGCGCUCACUGAGCAAAAUUUAGAGGUGAGUCCAAGUGGGUUUAUGGGAAAUAUAGUUGGUGUAACACACACCUUCUUCUGGGCUCAGUAACCAUGUUCCCCUAAUCCUUACGAGACAACCUGACAUCAGUGUAGACUCUGACACUGGGGAAGGACUAUUUUAGAUUGAUUCUGACUAAUAGGGAGGAACUGAUUGAGAAUAUGAAGGUAGAAGGCAGCUUUGGUGAAACUGACCACAAAACGAUAGAGUUCAUAAUUCUAAA